GUGCUGAUGGAAGUUUAAUUGAAUAAAUGUGAUGGAGAAGAAGGAUCGCGAAAGUAAGCCCUAAAGAGAAGCGAAAGGAGAAGAGAAGAGAAGAGAAGAGAAGUGAGAAAUCUGGAAGAUGAGUGAUGUAUCAGAUAAAUUGGCGUAUUUCCAAGCCAUAACCGGUUUAGAAGAUCGCGACCUCUGCACAGAAAUCCUCGCAGCCCACAAUUGGGACCUCGAACUCGCCAUUUCAUCUUUCACCACCAACGCUAACCCUCACCCUAACAACCAUGCUCCCUCUGCAUCCAAUCCCCAACCCCAACCCCAACCACCUCCUCCCGGCAUCGCUUGGAAACUCAUAACCCUCCCUGUCUCCGUCAUUUCCGGCAGCCUAGGGCUAAUUUCCGGGGCCAUCGGAUUGGGCCUAUGGGCCGCGGGGGGCGUCCUCUCCUACUCCCUCGGCCUCGUCGGCCUGGGCUCCGCUUCCGCCUCCGCCUCAUCCUCCUCCGCCCCCUUGGUUUCCGUCUCCGCCGCCACUUCCGAGGCCUUGGAUUUCGUCGCCGCCUUCCAGAGGGACUACGGCAACGCUGGGCCCAAUUUCGUCGGCGAGGGUUUCAUGGACGCGCUUCAGCGCUCCCGAAACUCCUUCAAGCUUCUCUUCGUUUACUUGCACUCCCCCGAUCACCCCGAUACGCCGUCGUUUUGCCAGAGGACGCUCUGUUCCGAGACCAUUGCUGCCUUUGUGAACGAGAAUUUCGUGUGCUGGGGUGGCAGCAUUCGCGCUAGCGAAGGGUUUAAGAUGAGUAACAGCUUGAAGGCUUCGAGGUUCCCCUUCUGCGCCCUUGUUAUGGCCGCCACUAAUCAGAGAAUCGCGCUCCUUCAACAGGUUGAAGGUCCAAAAUCCAGUGAGGAGCUGCUAGUGACACUGCAGAGAGUGCUUGAAGAAAGUUCCCCUGUUCUUGUUACAGCAAGGCUUGAUGCAGAAGAAAGGCGAAAUAAUAUGCGCUUAAGGGAGGAGCAAGAUGCUGCAUACAGGGCUGCGCUUGAAGCUGAUCAAGCUAGGGAACGACAGAGGAGAGAAGAAGAAGAACGUCUUGCAAGGGAAGCUGCUGAAGCUGAGAGAAAGCGGAAGGAGGAAGAGGAGGCUCGUGAAAGAGCAGCACAAGAAGCUGCAGAAAAACAAGCUGCAUUAGCUAAAAUACGUCAAGAGAAAGCUCAAUCUCUUGGUGAAGAACCUGAAAAAGGACCUAAUGUUACACAGGUUUUGGUACGGUUUCCUAAUGGUGAACGCAAGGAAAGGAGGUUCAACAGCACAGCGACAAUUCAGUCUUUAUAUGAUUAUAUUGACUCCCUGGGAUGUUUAGAAGUCGAGAGUUACAGCCUGGUCUCUAAUUUUCCUCGUGUUACUUAUGGACAAGAAAAGCUGACAUUGUCAUUGAAGGAAGCAGGAUUGCAUCCUCAGGCCAGCCUGUUUGUGGAGCUCACUUCAUGAGAAUAAUAUUUGCCAAAUAAUCUUACGAAUACAUGAAAUGAAGAUGAUGCCUGCAAAUAGGAAAUUCCGUGAUGUUGUUUCAUUCUUCUGUUUAAAAAAAUGACUUGUUACAAGCGUUAGAUGAAUAGAUUGUUGUGGUUUCUGUAGUUUUGGUUCCUCUUAUUUUCCAUUGAAUCAAUCAAGCAGAUAGCGUUACAUGGAGAUCAUUUAGAAUAAUGAUAUAUAUAAUAUGCAUAUAUUUGUCCAUUCACUUAAUUA